AUGCCAGCCAUGUGUACAUCUCACGGAAACAACCCCUCUUUUUUUUUUCUUCCGACGGUGUCACUUUCAGAUUGCACGUGUGUAUGGAGUGUUGCGUCUGUUUGUUUGGCAUGCUGCUUCUUAUUGAUUUUAUUUUAUUUUAUUUUUUGCUUUUUUUGCCUUUUCCCCCGUGAUCUAAGCUACGCAAGGUGGGUGGCGAUGAUCGCUGGAGAGGAGUGGAGACGCACGGUGGGAAUGCGCUUCUCUGAAUUCCAUAUUUUUGACGGCAACACGCCUGACAGUUUGGACCGGGCUGCAGUGCAGAACUUAAACUCGCCGCUCGAGGGCUUAGCGCCAUCGGCUUGUUCCGCUUCUUCCACGUCCAAUGUGUGGGCUCUGGAGAACUCUGGGUUUCUCGAAGAGAAUCCUGAACCGUCCGCUGCUCCGUCUUCACGGAGUCUCAGUUUUCGUGUCUUGUCCCAAGCAACAGUCAUCUCAGCCGGCCAUAGUGCGGUGUCUUCGGCCAGCUGCGCGGCCGCAUUGGCUUCAUCAGUUGCCCCUGUGGAUGAUACAAUGAAACCCUACGUGGACGGCACGGCGAGAAAAGACGGGAGUGAUGCUCCUUUGCUGCCUGAGCGAGACGGGAGACAGAUGGAACCAAAUGUCUCUGCUAGGCGCAACCGCAAAGUCUCUGAAAGCCCGACUGCAUCUGAUGUUUACAUGAAACGGCUGACGACGUCAUCAGGGGGGAUGUCGAUAAAAGAAGGCAAAUAUGACUCUUGUGUAGAGAUUCCGAUAACACGACCGCCAAUAGUAAUUCCGAAACGACAACCACCUACGCGAGGAAGUGUCAAGUCCACGGUAGCACCUGACGGUCGACGGUCUUGGGUGCUUUUUGCUCCACGACGUCGAAAUGAUCAAAGUUUGGAUUCCGUUUGCCAAGAGUCUGUCCCCGAAUGGGACGAGAAGGUGGUGGCUCCUCCACCCGGCCAUCUUCCCCGACGCGUUCUAGACAGUGUUGCAACUGGAAGGUUAAGCGCGCGAGUUGUGGGGAAGACGAAUGAAGAAUUCCUCAACCGCGAUAAUUUGUUGGCUGUGGCUGGCGAUCAUGACUCGAAUAGAAUCCCUGAAGCAAAGCGCCGGCGCAGCUUGGAGGAGAAGGAGCGGAGGGAGACUCAAGCCGACAAGCGGAAUUACAAAAAUGACGAUAAUGAUGAUAACGACGGUGCAUGGUCCAUAUUGCGUCGAUGGCUUCUGCGAAGAGACCGAGGGGUUGACGGUAAGUUGCCCUACACGGAAAGUGAGGCUGCUGCUGCACUGCAGGAGGGACAAGGGAAGCUGAAAACAGCAGCGGAGACUCUUCUCUCUUUGCUGCAGCCUGUGUGCAUGGACAGUGAAGGUGGACCACAAUGGUUUCCACUUCCGCGUGAGUGGAUUUUUCCCUCAGAAUUGACGGCACCUUCCCUUGAUUUGAGGACCACGGAAUCAUCAAGGUACAUGGCAGAAUCCUUUAUGUACAUGAGGAACCAGUUGAAAAGUAUCACGGAUUGUGGGGAGGACACUAUGAUUUUCCGAGAGCCCUCCGAAGUAUCGCAUUCCACUUUGUUGAGGUGUGAUGGGCCACGCGGUAAUUUUAUUACCAAGUCUUUGCAUGAAGAGGUGAGAGACGACGUAAACGAGGAGGACUACGUGAAGGCGUUUUUUAACCUUGACCCCCUCCCGAUCCACGAGGCGGAUGAUGUUAUCGCAUAUACAUCACUCCUGCACAAGAAUGGAAUUCUUGCUGCAGCUCCCGGUGCAUAUUUACCGCACAAACUCCCGGGUGGGGCGGCGAUGGAAGAGGAGGAAGAAGGAGAAUACGACGGCAACGAGAAGGAAGAAGCAACAGAAGUGGGGGGUGCAACAGGAAAGAUGAGAGGAAGUGUCCAAAGUACAAGAAUACAAUCGAGGCAACAAGAGCGUGGAACGGCGGGGAGGUAUGGUUUGUGGUGCACCAUGGAGCCACUUGUGAAGGCGUUAAGUGGAGGUGGAACAGCCACCCGGCAGGUGUCGCGCCUAUCAGCGAACGUGCGGGGUAGUGGCAAGGGACGCCGUGAUGUUCAGCUGCCUCGGUGGUGUAUUCAGGUAUGCGGGGGCGCAUUGCCAGGGCGGCAUGAUGUUUUUUCUCCGUUCUUGGAAAACUCUGCUGGUUCCACUAGUCUUGACGGUACCGAUGCGCCUACAGUGGUGCCUGCGCAUUUUGAGGCCCUUUUCUUCCCACAGCCACCCGAUGACCCGUUGAACAUGUUUGGCCCUCACAUCACGGAAUCCACCGCGAUCUCGGCGUCAUCACCCAUUUGUUCGAUUCCACUCACCCCCCAGCUUCUUCGCACAACUGAGGUGUCACAAUACAGGCAAGUAAUUAUGCGGCAGGAAAAGCGCGUGCUUUUGCGGCAUGAAAAGGAAGAUGGAUUUGUAUUUGGACGUGGUGACGAUAGGGAUGAACUUUUUCUUUUACUCACAAACGUUGCGGUGGACAUCAGCCUAAGGUAUGCCUUGGAUCUCAGCGUGUACUUAAUGCCCUGCCGGCGGAUUUUUAACGAUUCUAGUGAUUCUAAAACUUCUUCUCUGGCUGUGUUGGUGGAGGUGCCAUUGUUUCACAGCCAUAAUGCGAUGGCUGCGACGCGGUGUGUGCACGGCGCCAAACUGACUUUUACCACCAAAAGUGCAUUUGUAAAAGCGUAUCGGGCACUUUUAUGGGCAAGCGAAGUUAAUAUUAUCGAGAUGCAUCCCACCCCUGGCAUACCAAGUUAUUUAACUGCUAACAACGGGGAAUCAGUGUAUGUGACGAUUCGUUGUUUUGCUUCCUUCUCGCGAAAAGCAGAGAAGUUUGUUUAUAAUAGUUAUCGUGAACAGUGUGUGCGGCGCGUUGCAUCCGUAUUUGUGAGGGAGCGUGGUGUCUUUGGAAAGAGCCCCUAUCGAUUAGAAGACUUUGUGCUGGAAGCAACAUCUUCUAGAGGCAAACUAAAGCCACUUUCUUCAGCAGCAACACCAUCGCUCACGCCAGUUACACUUAAUUCCGCCGUAGCCUUUGAUGAGUACGGUGUCGUGUACCGCGCUUUACACACUCCCAGCGCGCAGUUAUUUGAUGUGCGUGUGCUUCCGCGCAACAGGACAAAACUUCUCUGGGCGGAUGCUGCAGCCGCUGGGGAGUACUGGGGCAGUGAGGGUGAUUUGGUCUCAAGAAGUAUGAUGGAGGCGGCACUCGUGGCGGAAUACCUUUCGCGCAUGCCCUACCAGAACCCUAUUGCCGCGGUGCUAUGUGAUGCCUAUAAUUGUUACAUUGUUUGCGUCCCUAUUUUCUCGGUGCUUUCGGAAAUAAAACACAACGCUGCCUUUCCUUCCCCUCUAACACCUCAACACCGUCAGCGUUUUGGUGUCAUAUCGCUUCGGUCUUUUAUUGAUAAAGUAUUACGUUCGCCACACGCGUCUUUUGCCACCCGUUGGAGUUUGACCCGUAUUGUUGCGGCGCAGUUACUUUUGGUACUUGUCUCACUGCAUGGGAAAGGCGUUGUUUUGGGGCCCCGCACUCCUGAAGGGCUUUUCGUGCGUUGGAACCCUGCAGCCGUAAGUAGCAUUUCUUUGAGCGACAAUGACGACAAAGGUGUUGGUUUAACUACAAGAGAUUUUCAUCUUGUGGUUCCUACACUUGGUGUUUCCUCGGAUGCUUGGGUGUAUGAGCGCCAGCAGUCUGGUGUUUUGGAGUAUAUUCCCCCACGGUACCUUUUCCAUCUUGCCCAUGGCACAGUGCUUGGGGAAUCCGGGGCUUCGGAGUGGACGAUUGGAGAUGACUACUGGUUAUAUCUUUGUUUAUUAUUUGAUCUUUUUUCUGUAACAGGCGAAUCCCUUGUGGCGGUCGCGCCUUUGCCGUCAAUGAUGGGAGACCGCGAGCAACGGCCCUUCACUUCAACGCUGCCGGGGGGUAAAAAAAAUACCUGGCAAUUAUGGAAGCGCAUUUUUAAGGCGACAAAUCAUUCUUUGUCUGAAAACGUGGCACACCAUCGACAGACCGCAGUUGCGCAGGCAUUGCAACGCUUUGUACACUCACGAGUAGAGGCGUCCAUUCUCCCCAAUGUGGAAGCAUGGGUGAUGAUGGAGGAGCGUCGCAGGCGGUCAGAGGGUUCGUCCCUUUCAGAAACCACAGGGACAGGAAGGGACGCCACACACAGUACAUUGAGGGCUGUCUCGCUUGCAGAUGCCUAUGCAGUUGCUUUGCGCUCACACUCCCCUUCCCAUUUAAUCUCAAAAGGAGGAGGAGAUGGGGCGGAUGGUUUAGCCACUGUGGAUCCCGCGGCUGCUGCCGCUCAUUUUGCACAGGAAAUUCAAUCCUCACAGGCCUUCAUGCUGACAAUUCAACACUUUUUCAAAAUUCUUGUGGACACGAGUUUGCAAUCGGCAGCGUCUUGUGUUGACAAAACUGCACGGCACCAGACGUGGGCCCUCUUGUCUCACCCUUUUUUUAUUGGCAUUGACUUUGCGAUGCUUUUUGAUGGAAAACUGAGUGUGCCACACGCGGAAUUUCUUUGCAAUAAGCUAAGAAGCAAGGCAUUGGUGAGUGGGGCGACGAACACGGUUUCCAUGAAGUCGCAUACGGACAGAAGAGGACUUCCUUCUCAGAGCAAAGCAGAAUUACAGCAGUUGUUAUCUCCAUUGGGUGCUUCAGUCGCAAAUCGAUUUUUUGUGUCCCCUUCCUUGCUUGCAAUGGAAGAGGAUGAAGAAGGAGGUGGAAGUGCCUCUAAUAAUGAUGACACAUUUGCCCCGUCGUCAUCACGCAGUCCACUCAGCAGCAUGCAUUAUGGCACCUACAAAGCCGGCGAAAUUGAGGAAAUGAAGAAGGUGCAAGAAGAGGUGCGACGGGCGUUGAAUCAUUUUUCUUCAGCGGAUACGGUGCCCCCUUCGUUUCUUGCGGAGGAGCGCAAACAGUCAAAGCGUUAUGGUUACUCUCAUGAUUUAUUGACAGUGGACUCGGUGACUGGUGCACAGAGAAAAUCUCCUGGGGGGAAAAAAGGGGAAACGAGUUCUUGCAUAUCUGAUUGGAGGCGGCUGCAGGAAAGGGCGAAGACAGCAGCAAAUAACUCUGAUAUCUACUGCGACGAGAACACGUCGGAUCUUCUCCUUCCCACUGUGUCCGAUCCUACGGAGAGUCGUAUGGACCACGCUUCCCUCAUGCUCCCCAAAUUCUCAACUCUGCACGCGAUUUCGUCCGCCGAUCCGCUGCGUCGCAUCGACAGGGAUAAGAGGCAAGGAUUGCAACAUGAGCGGAUUUCCCGUGUGGUCAACGGAUAUGACGAGAGCGAUGAACAACGAAUUGGUUUGCGUGGCUCAGAGAAGCUUCUUCGAGUGGCGCGCUCGCGGAGGAAUUCUUUGCAAGGUGUGAGACGGCCACAGUCAGGCUUCCCAAGUGGAGAAACUUGCUUUUUUGCUCGUGGUGACGAAGUUGCCGUGGCCACGGAGCAGAUGCAUCGUGGAGACUUGGGAGACUCCGCCGGGGUGGAGGCGAUGGUGGCACUUUCUGGCAGCAAAGAAGAAUAUUGGCGUAAUAUGCAGAACCUGUGCGGCGUUGGUGAGACCCCAACGGUUUCUGGAACGUGUGGCACUAAACGACCGGCGAGUGUAAGCGGCCUUCUCCGCGAGAAGAAAAUGACGACGGCCAUGGGCGGAGAUUUUUUGUUCCGCGUGCACGGCGGUUCACUCACGACGGUGUUUCCUCUCACUGCAGUGUCGGAGCCGGCAACAAAUAAAAGUGGGAUGGGCAAUGAGUUUACGUUGGUGCCCUCCGGCGACGAGGACGAAGACGAGGACGACGAAUACAAUGAUAAGGCCUAUGCUAGGAAGGAGGAAAAGGACGAAGGGCGAAGGAUGACAGUGUCAUCCGCGUCUUGGGUGAGGAAUUCCCAUUCAGUUUUAACAAAGUUCGAGACUCUUUGUCGGCGAGAGAGCGGUGGGGUUAGCUACAGUAGCAGCACAUUUAGAAGCUCUACGAGGGUGGCCUCCGCGCAUUCACUCGAAACGUCUGAAAUCCAGAAGCAUGAACGGCAACAAGAACUUCAGCGACCAGACGAUGCCGUCUGGGAGCUUGUGCGCGAGAACGACGAAGAGGAAAACGAAAAAGAAACAUAUGUAUUUUCCUGGCCAACGUUAUAG